CGAAACUGCUCAGCUAGUAGCUCGCCUCACCAGUUCAGCAGUGGACUUGUCUGAGGCUGAGUCCCUCCAUCGCUGGGGAUAAUGUGUCUACACUUACAAUCACUGGACAUAACCCAGAAAGGAAAAACUAUUGAAGGGUGAACAGUGGCUCUCCAACGGUGUCAGGACACACAGGACAAACACUUACUUUGACUUCCCUUGACCCUGGUAUUUUUUUUCUGUCCAGCUUAUCACUAUGUCAAGUGGAGUUUUAGGCCGUCUGAGCACACUGACACUCAACAUUAAGCAGCUAGUUGGCCUGCCUUGUCUUUCCCCCUCCCUUUGUUCCUUGCCAUCCCCUCAGGCCACCGUGGGAUCCUCACACGUGCCCGGCCUAUUCCGUGAGCCCUACAUCCAUUCCGGCUACCGUCCUGUAGGCCAGCCAUGGCACUACUAUGCACUCAGCCUCUUUCAAAGCCACAAUGAGUUGCUGAACGUCUGGUCACACCUUCUAGCUGUACCUGCUGUGCUGCUACGCUUCUGGCUCUUUGCCGCCACAAGAAGCCUGACUCUAGAUGCCUCAUCGCUGCCCCUCUGCCUCUACAUCCUUUCAGCUCUGACCUACCUCACCUGUAGCACGCUAGCCCACUUGCUUCAGUCUCACUCAGAGCUCUCCCACUACUCCCUCUUCUUCCUGGAUUAUGUCGGCGUGGCUGUGUAUCAGUAUGGAUCGGCGCUGGCUCAUUAUUUCUACUGCGCUGAGGAGGAAUGGAGGCAGAGCCUGGUGGGGGUACUGUUCCUGCCUGGCGCUGCUCUACUGGGCUGGUUAUCGUGUGCCAGCUGCUGCUUCGCCAAGUUGCACUAUCGCCGUCCAUACCCACUGCGCAGGAAGAUCUUCCAGAUUGUGCCCACUAGCAUGGCAUACAUGUUGGACAUCAGCCCUGUGGCACUCCGACUAGCCACGAGACCCUGCCAUGAGCCGGUGCUGGUGCUGCACACCCUGCAAGUGGCCUUCUUCCUGAUGGCUGCCUUCUUCUUCUCGUGCCCGGUGCCUGAGCGCUUCUUCCCAGGGAAGUGUGAUAUUGUAGGUCAUGGGCACCAGAUCUUUCACAUCUUCCUGGUCAUGUGCACCAUGUGCCAGAUGGAGGCUGUUUUUAAGGACUUCUUGGUGCAGAGGAGCUCGGUAGUGCAGGUGCAUGGAGAGUGGAGCAUCUGGCUGGCCGCAGGCUCUUUCUUUGUCCUGGUGCUGUGCAGUAUGCUGACGGCAGCUCGGAUGAGGCUGGGUGUCCAAAGGCAGCUGCAAGAAGAAAGAAUGAAGAAUGAAUGAGGAUAAAUUUGGGUCUAGGGUGUUUACCUCCAGUUCUGGAGGGCUACCGAACUGUGCCGUUCUCUAACACACACCAGUUUCAGCAUACAAAGGAUAUGAGUGAACAUUAAUAAUGUGACGCUCUUUUGAUAAUUGGUAAAAUAUUAAUUCUCAGAACAUAACAAAGUCCCUUUUUGAGUAUUUUAUUUUAUUGGGAUAGUGUGAAAGUUAUGCACAACAAGAGUAUGAAUAUGCCUUGUGAUAACCUGUCAUUGAGAACAGAUCUAUACAAGGCCAUGCGUGGCUGUAUGUUGUGACCUUAGUAUUAGAAUGUGCUAUCUGGGUUGAGAACGAAUGCGAACCAUAACAUGUGUUUGCAUAUGUUUCAAAUGCUUACAUGUGUUUGAUCCAAGAAUGGGCACAUCACAUUUCACUGUACAAGUACUUGAUUAUACAAAACUGACUGAAUAAAUUAUACGCUAUAUGGCCAAAAGUAUGAAGACACCUGACCAUCACACCCAUAUAUGGUUCAUCCCUAAACUGUUGCCACAAAAUUGAAAAUGCAGAAUUGUAAAGAAAGUCUUUGGAUGCUGUAUCAUUACAGUUUCCCUUCACUGGAACUAAGAGGUCCAAACCUGUUCCAGCAUGACAAUGCCCCUGUGCACAAAGCAAGCUCCAUGAAGACAUGGACAAAAGACAUGAGAAAGACAUGCUCGCCUGAUAUCAGUGUCUGAUCUCACUAAUGCUCACGUGGCUGAAUGAACACAAAUCCCCAAAUUCACACACCAAAAUCUAGUGGAAAGCCUUCCCAGAAGAGUGGAGCUUAUUAUAACAGCAAAGGGGGAAUAAAUCUGGAAUGAGAUGUCCAACAAACACAUAUGGUGUGUGACGGUCAGGGGUACACAUACUUUCUGCCAUAUUGUGUAUGUAACGUAUCAUUAUUCAAUGACAAUUAUGUUAUGUGGACUCACAUAAGGCCAUUGUGUACUGAAAGGUCUUUCAAAAGUAAUGUGCCUAGCACUGAAUGCACAAGAGCCCCAAUAAUAAUCAGUUUCAGUUACUUUUCGUCAGUUUACAUAAUUUAAUGUAGCUGCCUCACAUAUAGACCAGUCUGUAUAAUCUUUUGCUUAGCCAAUGCUCCUUGCAUUAUGCAUUUAUGGGUCUGUGUGGCCUAUUUUCUACUAAUCUUUUUCAGCCUGAGCCCCAUUAAUCACUUAAAAAGAACAAAGGAAUAAAGUUAGAUUUGGCUUUAUUGCUAUCAGGAGGAGGAAUGUGUGAACAAAGGAGUUUAUUUUGUGAGACUGGUUUUUACCAAAGAGCCUGUCAGAUGCUGGCUCGAGAAAUUCCCAGAUCAGAUUAGUUAAUCAGAUUGACCUCAGAACCUCAAGAAUGUUCCCCUGCUCUCAGUACAACUGUUAGCAGAUGCAGGAAACAUAUCCAUCAAAAUAUGUGUAACCAGGUUUGCUGGUGGUUUGAAUGUCACAUGAUUUGUUUGUAAGUUUGUUCUUUAUUUCUAGUUAUAAUGUACUGUAUUUAAUUAAAAGAAUUGUUAUUACCUCAGCCAGUUGUUAAAGGAAGAAAGCUAUAUUAAAUUCUUAGUUAUAAUGUACUGUAUUCAGUUUAAACGAUUGUUAUUACCUCAGCCAGGUGGUAAAGAAAGAAAGCUAUAUUCACUCUGGGGGGAAAAGUGUGUUAUCCAUAUUUGUUUUUUGACUGACUGUCAGAAUGUUCAGACUGAAUGUGUUUUCCACAUGAUGCAGAGUACUGAUUUUGAAAUAGGUGUUCAAUUUUGCUACUGAAGUGCUAACGAAGAUCAGAACCAUCUCCACUGUGAAUCCGAGAUGAAACUGUAAACAACACUUAAAUUAAAUAAAGUAGCUUGUUUUAUGAU